AUGACGCCUCGAUUGUGGAGGGUGGUUGUGGUGGCAACAAGUUGGGCUGAGCCGGUUCCAAAAUGGCUGCUGCCCAUGAAACCUGAUAUGGCAGAAGACAUGGGAACCUGGGAAGUGACUGCUUGUCAUGACGGCUUAAAAAGAACCCUUACCUACCUCAGUGAUGAGAUGCACUCUCCGGGGAACCGCAAAAGCUCCUGCUUAACCCUAAACGACUAUCCGUUUAUCACCGAGAGCCUUCGUGUCUGA